AUCCUAGACUUAAAUUAGAAUAUUAUGAAGAAAAUGAAUUUGAUGAUUAUAUUGAAAAUUAUAAAAAACAAAUUGAAGAAUUAUGGAAAUCUGAAUACCAACCAACUAAAAUUCUAUUUUAG